UUACGAAACUUCCCAGAAGCUCACUAUGUUUCCCUAUUCCCCUAAUACUCUCUCCCAUUUAACCCUCUCUUCUUCUCCCCAAUUCUCAUCCCUGCUUCUCCAUUACCAUGAAGCUCAUCAAAACCAUCUCUAACCCUAAGAAGCUCUUCAAGUCCAGAUUUGCCCGCUUCGUUUCCAGAUCCGAUGAUCCAUCGACUCACAGCUCAUCAGGAUCCGCCUCCGAUUCCUCCGACUCUCAUAACGGCUCCAAGAAGCCCGGCGACGGCUCCUCCACUCCCACCAGCAUCCUCCCUGCGCGUCCCGGCGCCGACGACGUUUACGCCGAGUUGGUCCAGGCGUUCAAGCUGAUCGACAGAGACGGCGACGGCAAGAUUCAGAAGGAGGAGCUGGAGGCUCUGUUGAGCCUGGUGGGAGCCGAGCCCCCCAGCGAGGAGGAGAUCGAUACGAUGAUGAGCGAGGUUGACAGGGACGGCGACGGCUGUAUAAGCUUCGAGGAGUUCGCCGCGCUCAGCUCGGCUUUCGCGCCGCCGUCUUGCCACUCCGAGGUGAGGGACACUUUCGACUUCUUCGAUACGGAUCGCGACGGGAAGAUAACGGCGGAGGAGCUGUUCAACGUGUUUCAAACCAUCGGGGGCGGUAGGUGCACGUUAGAGGACUGCCGGCGCAUGAUAAGGGGAGUGGACAAGAACAGGGAUGGGUUCGUAUGCUUCGAGGACUUCAGCCGUAUGAUGGAGCAGCAGAUAUGAUUGAUUGAUACAUAACAAACCAUCAUCAUCAUGAUCAAGCUGUUCUUGAUUAGCAUAAAAUUGGUUUUCUUUUUUUUCGUCAUCUUAUAAAUUCAUCAUUUACAUUUUUUUUUUGGGAUUUGAUCUUUAUUUAAAAAUCGGAUUUUAGGAUAGCGAACAGAUGGAAUCAAUAAAUGGUUAUGAUUUCA